AAACUUGAAGCAAGGAACAUUAGUACUUUGGACAAGAGGAAAAUAAAAUACAAUGAUAUGCAUAGAAAAAAGGGCAUGCAUUCUAUAUCGACACAACUGAAUGGACUAUGUAGGUGUUGGAACUGAGAUGCAUGAGAAAAAAAAAAGUUUUAUCUCAAACCUUGGUAUCCAUAAAACCUGAACAUGUGUCAGGACGAGCAAUGGUGUUCCUAAUGCUGGCGCCAAAUGAAAUAUUAACCCGAAUAAGGUUUUGAGGUAUUAACCGCUUUAUUUAGCACUAGUUACUGUGAGUAAUUAAUUAAUGAGUGUGCAGUAUUCAAAUCAAACAUCAUAGCUUUUUACUCUAUAAGUAGAAAAAAUUAAUAGUAUCAUUCACAAUUUGGAAGUGCAGAAUUCAUGGCACACUGAGGCCUCUGCUGUAAAUCAACUGAAAGAGGGUUGAUUCUGGCCUUGUUGCAGCCUUAGGUGCAGCAAUAGUUGAUGGGUUGAAUGCUUUUCCAUGCAGUUAUAAACAGUGCAUUAUGAAACUGCUUAGUCACCCAACUAUAAUUAAACAAUUGCAUCAGCUGUUCCGGCCUUCCAGGGAGUUUAUUGAAACCCUGGGAAGAAUGUCCCUGAUUGGAGCCACUUGUAAGCAACUAGAAGAACCGACUUGCAGGUAACUACACUCAUGGAAAAGAAGAGUAGUUUAUGCCAAGAUGGAGACAUCUAAGGGUUCCCUUUCCGAUGAUUCUUUGGGUGACCCACACAAAUCGACCACCAAAUAUUCCGUCCCAGCCCCACAAGAAAUGCCAUAUAAAUGCAACUCAUUGCAUGUUCAGUGACUCCUACGGUCCUACCUGCCUUCUUCUAAGGUGCUAAGAGUUCUCAAUUAGGAAUCUCUGCAGCUUCAAGCUCCAACCCUACUCUCCAAUUCAAACUUCAACAAUGGCUACAGAAUCAGAGACACCACGAAUAACGGAGCUCCAUGUAAGGAUGGACUGCAAUGGCUGCGAGCACAAGGUCCGGAAGACUCUGUGUGCUAUUGAUGGUGUUAGCGAAGUAUACAUAGAUCAAGGAAAUCACAAGAUCACGGUGGUCGGGAUGGCUGACCCUGAGAGGAUUGUCAAGGCCAUCAGGAAGACCAAGAGGGUCCCAACUAUCUUCUCACACACGGAUCCCGCAGCUGAGGCUCAGCCUCCACCUUCCGAAGGGGAAGCUCCACCACCAGCUAACCCACCAGCCGACACCCCUCCGGAAGAGGCAGCUCCGGCUGAGCCCACACUGGAGAUCAAGGAGGCACCACAAGCAGAAACCCCGACCACGGAUGCCAUCGUGGUAAACAAGAUGCAGGACUACCCAUAUGGCGAUGGCCACCACCUGUACAGGGAGCACUGGGCGAACCACCCCAUAGACAUGCAUGGGGUAAGAUAUGAUGCUGCACCUUACCAUGUAACGCACAGCUACAGCCACCACAGUACGAGCCCUUUCAUAGCCGAGUACAGCUACAGAGGCUCUCCUGAUCAAGAAGGAAAGUACUACUACAGCUAUAACUACUACCCGGGCAGGGGCAAAGGAGAUGGCAGCCAGAUCACUUCAAUGUUCAGUGAUGAGAACCCAAACGCAUGCAGCAUAGUUUGAGAUCCAUAGAGAUGAUCUAAGAAAGGGGUUUGUUUCUGCAGACUCUUCAUGCCAUAGAAGGUUGCGUAGUGCAGAGACAAGAGAUGUAUGCUUUGGCCUAGCAAAAGGGCUAGUGUUCAGUUGUAAGAUUUAAAUGUGGGGGUUGUGUGAUGUAUGGAAGAGGGGGAGUAAGGUAAUCGAAGGGCGGUAAUAAGAUGCUUAACGUGUAGUUGGAGAUGAUUUUAUUGGCAAUCAGCACUAUUUUUACUAA